GAGGCGGAGGCGUACUACGCGCACCGGAGCUACGCGGCGGAGCUGUGGAGGAGGAUCGGGGAACGGGGUUUCGAGGCGUAUUCGGAGAAGGAGGCGAGGGGAUACGUUAAGCGGAAGGACCGCCCGCAAGACACCACAUUCCUCGACCAUAUUCGGAUCUUCGUGAGCUUUCCUCCCCAAAAUUAGGCUGGAUCUCUAUCUCUGCGCCUCCCUUCGUUGACCGCGAGUUCUGGGAAGCCGAUUCUUGUAUUAUUUUUUUCCUGUUUUGCCCUCGUCUUUAUUUCUUGGUGGAACACCAUCGUCUUUCUUGGAUCUGCUUCUUAUCAACCGGGUGUAUGAGAAAAAUGGCUCUAGUUCUUGUGAUCAUAUAUUUCAUCAUACACCCUUCUAAUUUCUUUACAUAAUCAUGAACGUUUAUGAUAGAUAUCCACUUUGGAACAUCCUUCCAGAUGUUGCAGAGAUAUCAUGGAUGGGAUUGCCAGUUAUAUGAAUUCGAGGAAUAUGGAUUCUUCCGUACAA